UGGGAAACACAAACCCAAACUAACAAGGAAAAGAAAAUAAAAAGAAAAAAACUUAUAUCUUUUUUGUUUUUCCAUUUAUAUAUAUCUGCAUCGGUACACAUUGUUCGUCAGUUAUACGAGAAACUAGGGCUUUAGUUUCUGUUUCUUUACUUUGUUCUUGUUAGGUGGUUUUGGUGCUUGUGUGUUUGAUGGCGAAUCCUUCAUGGACAAACGAAGAGAUGAAUCAUCAUAAUUCCUACUCCGACAACUUGACGACCCCGUCGGAGAGCUCAUGGUUGAAAAGUCGCUCGGGAAUCGCCAUGGAUUGGACCUCUGAAGAAGACGAAUCUCUGGUUCGACUCCUUGAUAGUUAUUCGUCGGAAUCGAGUAGUGUUGUUACACGUUACUCGAAAAUCGCAGCAUGUUUUGAGAAUAAGACCAUCAGGGACGUUGUUGUACGUAGCAGAUGGAUACAUAAGAAAGAAAACGCCAAGAGAAGAAAGGAAGAUCACAAUGGAUUGGGAAGAGCCAGAGUUGACAAUAAGGAGAUUAUUGAUAUGGUGGUGGCUUCACUAGUGUUUCAACCAUCACAAGUGUUUCAACCAUCUCAACAUGGUAAGGUUGACAACAAGCUUCUUAAACAGAAUGAGCAAUGGUUCAAUCAGAUUUGUGCAAAUUUCACAUCCUUAAGCCCCACAGAAAACUUGGACCUUUUCAGCAAAAUUCGGGAGAACAUCAAUAGCCUUCUCAAAAAUUUGAAUGAGAAUGUGUCGGAGACAUGGAAGCAAAUGCCACCAUUGCCGGAGAAGUUGAACGAUGAGCUCUUUUGUGAUCUCUAUAAAGCAAUUGAAAGAUCUAGUCACUAAUGGGAAGAACACAAACAUGACGUUUGUUUCUUAUUUUGUUACAGCAUGCAGAGCAGCAACCUAUA